AUGAGACUUCUUAUCACCCUUCAGGUUCUUUCAUCCGUGAUCGCGGCAUUUGCAGCUCCCAUUCAUGUUCAGACAAUUGAUGAUACAUUUGUCACUCUGCCUCCAAACCCUAUGAUCAAACUGCCGGCACCGGGUUUUGCUUUCAAGCUUUAUAUGUCUGUUUAUGAGUUGAAACCCGAUGAACUUGGACUUAUCUCACUUGCUUCAGAAACGGAGUCAGCGGAAUCAAGUUUGGAGCUACGAAUGUAG